GUUUGGAAUAUAAAUUGCAGGGGCCGGCAAGGGAGAAAUCAGUGGAGUUCAAACACUAUCGAGCUAGUCACCUAUCAACCAUGGUCGUUCUUGGGUUUUUGCCCAUUGUAUUACCUCUCAUUUUAGGACUAGGCUUCGCCUUUGGUCUCCCUCGUCUUCUCAUAAGAAACAAGCCUGCAAAUUUACCUAAUGGAACUAUGGGAUGGCCUCUCUGUGGAGAGACACUUGCCUUUCUGAAGCCUCAUAGAUCAAACUCCAUGGGCACCUUCUUGCAAGAACGUUGCUCCAGGUAUGGGAAAGUUUUCAAAUCACAUCUCUUUGGUUCCCCUGCUAUAGUUUCUUGUGACCAUGAAUUCAACAUGUUUAUCCUUCAAAAUGAAGGGAAAUUAUUCGAAGCCAGCUACCCUACAGCCAUGCAUGGCAUUCUUGGCAAGUUCUCAUUACUUCUCGUCUCCGGUGACCUUCAUAAAAAGCUAAGAAGCAUCGCCGUAAGCUUCAUCACCGUGUCUAAGUCAUCCCCUAGCUUCCUUCACUGUGUGGAGAAGUUCGCUAUGUCAAUGAUGGAAUCAUGGAAAGAGUGUAAAGAAAUUGCGUUUCAUAAAGAAGUUAGAAAGUUUACACUCAAUCUCGUGGUGAAGACCCUUUUGAGUAUUGAACCAGAAGAGCCAGUAGCCUCCAAGAUAUUGAAAGAUUUUCGAACUUACAUGAAAGGAUUUGUCUCUUUGCCACUAAACUUCCCUGGAUCUCCUUAUACCAAAGCAGUCAAGGCAAGAGCAAGACUUUCUUCCACCGUGAGAGAGAUAAUUAAAGAAAGGGAAGAGCAGACCAAUGCGGAACUAAUAAAUAAAGGAGACUUCUUGCAUGUUAUUUUAUCAAAACAGAGGCUAAGUGAUGAUGAGACCGUAAGCAUUGUAUUAGACAUCUUGCUUGGAGGCUAUGAGACAACCUCGACCAUCAUUUCUUUAGUUGUUUACUUCCUUGGGCAUGCACCGGCUGCUUUUGAAAGCUUGAAGAAAGAACAUGAAGCUAUAAGAAGAAGCAAAGAGGAUGGCAAACCCUUGGACUGGGAAGAUUACCAGAAAAUGGAGUUCACCAACAAUGUAAUAUCAGAAACCAUGAGAUGUGGGAACGUUGUCAAGUUUGUCCACCGCAAAGCUCUUGAAGAUGUGAAAUACAAAGGAUAUAUCGUUCCUUCAGGAUGGAAAGUUUUACCAGUAUUUACAGGGGCACAUUUUGAUGCUUCCCUUCAUGAAAACCCUUUCGAGUUUAAUCCAUGGAGAUGGAGUACUGAUAAAGCGACAAGCAAAAAGGUGAUGCCGUUUGGUGGUGGACCUCGGCUAUGUCCAGGGGCCGAGCUAGCUAAAGUGGAGACUGCAUUCUUCCUUCAUCAUCUUGUCCUUAAUUAUAGGUGGGAAAUAAAGGCAGAUGACUUCCCCAUUGCAUACCCUUAUGUAGAAUUCCAGCGAGGCUUGCUACUGGAGAUCGAACCAGCUGAAAUAGACGAUAUAUCAUAUCUGGGAAAGGAAAGGCCUGGAUUCUAGCUGCUUAAUUACAGUUAAUGGUUGAUCAAUGUACGUUGAAAUAAAUUAUUAUGAGGUCAAAUUAUUCUUCAGGGUAGAAUUUAAUUCGUGUAAUUAAUCACCUUUAGAAAGAAGGAAAUGGACUAAUUUGGCCCUAGUUAAUUCCAGAAAUUUGCUAGAUUUAAUGAAAUAUAUAUUAUUUGCACUAA